AUGGCUGUGCCCACAAGUUUUGUCCCGACUGUGGGCCAUCUCAAUCUUCCUCGCUCCCGUGGUGCAACACUUCGAAAUCACGCCAAUCAUACCGCAUCCAGCUUGCCCGACAGGGGAUCCUCCACCCCCCUUGGUACUCUGGGCAAGAAAGGAUCAACUACGCUCUCAAGAACGCGGCACAACUGGUCUUGGACUUGGCUGUCUGGAGACUCAACAGAUAUUCCUCUUGUUCCUGUGGGACAGUCCAAGCUCUUGUUUCCGCCUACUCGUGAAUCGUCCUCAAGUCCACCCGAGUUUCCAUUGGACGUCCUCAUAACGUCGGCGACACAUUACAUUCACAGCACUCCCGAUAUCUAUGAGCCAGAGUUUGUGGCCGAAUUGGUAGCAGAAGAGCUGGCAAUCGCUCAUCACGAUACCGGACAGGCCAAUGACCGCCAUCUUGGUGUUGCACUUGCCGUUGCCCACAACCCUACCGCCAGAUUCACCCGAGUGGUCCUAUGUUUCCCCACGGGCCCCGUUGGAGAAGAACUGAACAUAUCUCCUUUCCUGCCCAAAACAAAUGCUCUCUCACGCGGCCGACUUGAAUCCCGAUUUAUGCCAUCCGCCUCGCCGGUAGACAAGUUUCCGGGGCAAAUCCUUCAGAUCGUUAGCUCCCCAUUUGUCUCAAAACAUCGAUUGGACGGGGCAGCAACCGCUCUGCUGGUGCGCACCACGUUCUGCUCUUAUCUGUUGAACGUUGUCCCGCAAGGAACGUAUGUGCCUCCAACGGCCAUGCCUCCGGUUUCGACUCUACGAGUAGGCGAGCUACCUGUAUCGGCUACUGAAGGUCGCCAACAGGUCGACAUGGCCCUCGAUGCAAAAUCCUGGAGUCGUGCCGCUGUUGUUGAUGAAGGAGGUGCCGUCUGGCUCUGGUGGGAAGAAAAAGAACGGCUGGAUGGACGUCAAGAUGGACGUCUGUACAAAGCCAAACUACGGAAUGCUGUGGGAUCUGAAGAUGGCUUUUUCCGAGUUGCAUUUGGAACUCGCCCUGACACCAUCGUUGUGGUUUCUCGCGAAUCUGUGGAGGUGCUGGACCUCAAGAAAAUCCAAGGCGCUUCAACAGUACAGCAGUCAACGGUCGUCGUGAAAAUUGACGUGAGCUCUCAUGUGUUCACUUCUAUCGAUAAGACAGCACUUGAACGUGAGGCAACGUUGACCUGCGUCUCCACGACAAAGGAGCUACUGUGGAUAGACGAGAGUGGUACACAGCCAGUAGUGCUCCGAUGUGCACACGAAUACGGCGCUGCAAAGGCCGAGGACUUGCAAGUGAUGAUCCUUCCAGGCGCACCAACGCGACACUCGUCGUUGCACGAAAGUGUGAUUAUUUUCUCUCGGACUCAAGGAUAUCUCCAAGGCGUGCAAGUGUCAAGUUUUCCGCCCGCGAGGAUUACCACGCCGCCUUGGUCUAUUGGAUGCUUGCCCACUGCGAUGGACGGUCUCACCAUGCUACCUUUCCAGAAUAACCUAGUGCCCUUCCAAGGCGCGUCUACUUCCAAAGACUGCAUAUGUGUGGUUGGAAAAGCCCAAGACGGUAGCCUGCGGCUUUUCAAGCUUGCACGUCCCUCGCCUUCUCACGGGCGACUGGAAAGCAUUGUUUCAAAUCCGCAUAUAAAGUGGGACGAACAAGUGGAGAUGCUGUCUCAACUGUCGUCCCGAGCGUCACAAACGCGUCUGCUUGAUGCGUCCGAGUAUGGCGCGAAAGGUCGAACAAAGCAUGACAUUCUCCAUGCUCGAUGGGUAUGGUCACAUGUGGAGGUGUUUCAGCAAGACCUCCGCGAAGAGGAAGGCCAGUCGGACCACAUCAUGACUGCAGCCGAGAUUGCCCGUGAUUCCGCCUAUGGGAAUGCACCAGAGACCCGUUCCAGUCUUGUGCGCCGCAUUGGAUUCCCCAAAAAGUCUGAAACAGAAGUGACGCUGGAAAGCCUCUCAUUUUCACAACACUUUUCGUAUGUCGAGUCAAGCGGUCACCCGUUUUCCAGUGCUCCUGGAGACCCCUUCCUUCCAGCCACUGCAGCAUUGCAGAGCCGCAGGGGUUCAACGCCAAUCCCACGUCGACUCGACCUGGAAGCCAACCAGCUCCACUGCGACCUCAUGCUAUGUGGCACUACGCUGGCGUCCGAUCCAAUUCAGCCGGCUACCACUCCUGCAGCUCCUGACACAAGCCAUGGCAACCUGGACGACUUGUUUGCUGCUGCAGCUGGUCAGCUCAGUCUCGAGGACAAACAUUCUACGGCCGCGGUUCACUUCUCCGUGUUACAACCAAAGAUCCCAUGUCCGCAGCGCGGAGGGUCUGAUUCGAGGUCGUUGUUGGACCUCACGGCUGCACUCCCACUGUUAGCUGAAUGGCCACUUGGACAACAUGCCGACGAUUAUCAAUGGGAUGGGCCUCUGACCCGGUUGCCGAGCACCCCUCAGGUAUCAACUGGCUUCGAUCGACCUAUACGACCCUUGCCAUCUCUGCGACCUCACCCGACCCAACCUGCCGCUUCUACCCACUCCAUCAACGUUCCGCCUGUUGGCAGAGCCCCAACCUUGCGGCCCCUACCCCACACGUCAACAUUCCCAGCCAUCCAACCAUGGUCUCCGACUCGACCAGGUGCUCGAUCGUCACCCCCACCUGCUCCCACACUAGAAUCUCUUAGUGGCGAGUUCCCUCAUACGCAAGUCGAGAGAGGGCUAUUUGGUGCGCGUCCAGAGGUCUCCAGCAAGACACGCAAAAAGGCUGCCAAGAAGCGAGCCGGUGGAUUUUAG